AUGGUGAAUGCGACCCGUGUUGAGGCUGACUUGUGUGUACUCGGUACUCGUCCAUAUUAUUAUGCGGAUGGCCAUUUCGGGCUGCCGACAAAGUUACAAGCCAAUCAGAAGCCGGUGAUUUACAAUACGCAUCCUGUCACCAACAUUACAGGCUCAAUACCGGCCUCGCCCACGUAUCUGGCUUGGCUGACCUCCGUCAUUUCAACCACUCAGAAGCUCUGCGAUUAUUCUGUCUGGGCAGGCAAAUCUCAGGUGACUGAAGAACCUCAAUCGACAUUCGCCCAGCUUGGACUCAGCAUCUGGUCCACCUUCUCUCACUCUACCACUCUGCACCACCUCCCUGUGCUCAACCUCGUCGACUGUACAAUGGCUUCUCUCGCCAUGUUUCGUCUCACAGCUCGUCCCGCCACUUCCGCCUUCCUCAGACCCUGCACACGAUCCUUCAGGAGAGCUCCGGCUGUCGUGCAGUCGAUUUCCGCGAGGUCCCCUUUCAGCUCCUCUGCCAACCAAAGAAGCGCUGGCCACGAAGACGAAACGUUCGAAGAAUUCUCUGCGAGAUAUGAGAAGGAAUUUGAUGCUGUGCAGGAUGUCUUUGAGCUUCAGCGGAACCUGAAUAACGCCUUUGCCUACGAUCUCGUCCCCUCCCCCGGUGUUGUCACAGCAGCUUUGAAAGCUGCUAGACGUGUCAACGACUUCCCCACUGCUGUGAGAAUAUUUGAAGGGAUCAAAGCAAAGGUGGAAAACACCCAACAAUACGAGGAAUACCUAGAGGAACUGAAACCCCUGCGCGAAGAGCUCGGCAUUAAUCUGAAGGAAGACCUCUACCCCGAAAACAGUGACAGCCCGUACCAUAACCCAUAGGUUGUGUUGUGAAAGACCAAGGAGAACUGGAAAAGACUGGCCAUAAAGCGUCUGCAUUGGUGGUGGGGGAAAAGGAACAGGAGAGUCGCAUGGUGUCUUUCGGACCAGAAGAAGCGAGAAUGAGGGAAUCGACGCAUGUAUCCCUUCACAUGCUUCGUGCGCAACAUCUUCAGAGACUACCUACGCUGUAGUAAAACUUGUACAGUUUCAAAGACGAGCAGAUCCGGGGUUGAGAUAUUUUCUUUUGUCUUUUGCGGUCUUUAUUUUGCUGUCUCCCACCGGACUAACUUGAGAUUCCAACAAGGGAAUAGGGCUGCCAGUGUUUCCCACCCAUGGACAUACCGUUCUUGGCUUUCCUUCGAGAGAAGGUACUGACGACCGCUC